AUGAAGGAGUUCGACCACCCCAACGUCAUGAAGCUGAUCGGGACAUUGGGACAUGGGGGACACUUGAGGCAGGAGCGGCUUUUGGAAUUCUUGGAUUUUGGAAUUUGGGGAUUUCGGGAUUUCAGGAUUUCGGGAUUUCAGGCUUUUGCUGUCCCUGUCCCCAGGCUGGACGAGCGGCUCCGUGUCCAUGUGGCCGAUUUGGGAUUUGGGGUUGUUGGGUUUUUGGGAUCACUAUGCCGCUGGGAUUUGGGGGUUUGGGGAUUUGGGAUUUCAGGAUUUGGGGGUUUGGGGGUUUCGGGAGUUGAGGACGUUGCCGCCCCCGCCCCCAGGCUGGACGAGCGGCUCCGGGUGCGCGUGGCGGAUUUCGGGCUCUCCAAGCAGGUCGGGCGGUCGCUCUAUUACCGGCAGGGCCGCGGCGCCCCCGUCCCCGUCAAGUGGGUGGCUCUGGAGAGCCUGGCUGAGCGGGUCUACACCACCAAGAGCGACGUGUGGUCAUUCGGAGUGACCAUGUGGGAGAUCGCCGCCCGGGGCCUGACCCCGUACCCGGGGCUGGAGAACAGCGAGGUCUUCGAGUUCCUGCGGGGGGGGCGGCGCCUGGGGGCCCCCCCCCAGUGUCCCCCGCGGCUGUGAGUGACCCCGAGUGACCCCUGACCCUGCACUGACC